UUAGGAUACACAUGUGUAUUUUGUAACCUAACCUAGUGAGUUAUUUUAACCGUGUUAUUAUAAUGUCUGCUGAAGUAAUUGGAUUUGGCGAUAAAGAUGAAGAGUAUGAAGAGAACGCGAAAAAAUCGAAUAAAAAAAAGAAAGGAUCGAAAAAAUCUGGGGCUUUUGAAUCGAUGGGGUUAAGUUUUCCUGUAAUGAAGGGCAUUAAGAAAAGAGGUUAUAAAGUUCCUACUCCAAUUCAGAGAAAGACCAUCCCGCUGGUGAUGGAGGGCCGGGACGUGGUGGCCAUGGCGCGCACGGGCAGCGGCAAGACGGCCUGCUUCCUGCUGCCGCUGCUGGAGCGUCUGCAGUCGCCCAGGACUCGGCCGGGGGCACGCGCCCUCGUGGUGUCUCCCACCCGGGAGCUGGCCCUGCAGACGUUCAAGUUCUUCAAAGAGCUGGGCGGCUUCACGGGACUGCACGCGGCGCUGGUGCUGGGCGGAGACUCCAUGGACGACCAGUUCAGCGCGAUGCACGCCAGCCCGGACGUGAUCAUCGCCACGCCCGGCCGCUUCAUGCACGUGUGCGUGGAGAUGGACCUGCAGCUCUCUGCCGUGGAGUACGUGGUCUUCGACGAGGCAGACAGGUUGUUCGAGAUGGGCUUCGGGGAGCAGCUGCGGGAGGUGAUUGGUCGGCUGCCAGAGUCCCGCCAGACGCUGCUCUUCUCCGCCACGCUGCCCAAGGUGCUGGUGGACUUCGCCAAGGCCGGUCUGUCCGACCCCGUGCUCUUACGGCUGGACGUGGACUCGAAGCUACCGGAGCUGCUGAAGCUGGGGUUUGUGUGCUGCCGCUCGGAGGAGAAGCCGGCCGCACUGCUCUGUCUCCUCAAGCACGCCCUGCCUGCUUCCGCCCAGACCGUCGUGUUUGCUGCCACGAAGCACCACGUGGAGUAUUUGCACCUGAUCCUGGACGCUGCAGGGGUCUCCAACACCUUCAUCUACUCGAACCUGGACGCGGCCGCUCGCAAGAUCAACGCGGCCAAGUUCCAGCGGGGCAAGGCCUCGGUGCUGCUGGUGACGGACGUGGCGGCCCGGGGCAUCGACAUUCCCCGGCUGGACGUCGUCGUCAACUACAGCUUCCCCGCCAAGCCCAAGCUGUUCGUGCACCGAGUGGGGCGCUGCGCGAGGGCCGGACGCAGCGGGCUGGCCUUCUCGCUGCUGGCGGGCGACGAGCGCCCCUACCUGCUGGACCUGCACCUGUUCCUGGGCCGCCCCCUGGCCCUCGCCUCGCCGGCCCCCGGCCCGCCCCGGGGGGACUGGCCGGACGGGGCGGUGGGGGCGGUGCCUCCGCCCCUGCUGGAGGAGGAGCACGCCCGGCUGCUGCAGUGGCACGCCGCCAGCACCGACCUGCUAAACAUGAAGAAGGUGUGCGGGAACGCGUACAGGCAGUACAUACGAUCACGGCCCGGAGCGUCUGCGGAGAGCGUGCGCAGAUCGAAGCAGAUGGACUUCACGAGCCUGGACAGCCACCCCGUGUUCGUCCCCAGCGACGGUUCCGAGAAACUGCAGCUGCUGCAGAAGAUGAAGACCUACAAGCCCUCCAACACUGUGUUUGAGAUCUGCCAGACCACGUCUUCGGAGAUGGCGAGUGUGAUGAAGAGGGCGCGAGAGAAGCACCAGCCAUCUGUGAGCAGCUUCCUCCGGAAGAAGGAAGAACGGAAGCAACUGGAAUCAGGUGCGGGCGCUAGGGCCGGGACGCGGCUGGUCGCGAGCAGCGCGGAGGACGUCGGCAGCAGCUUCUCGCGCGUGGUCUGGCCCGGGCGGCCUCGCGACCACGGCGAGGCGGGCGGCAAGAGGCUGAGGAGGAGCACGGCCGCGGUGGACACGGAGAACUACGUGCCCUACGCUGCACCGGACCAUCACAGCGAGCAGGGGCUGGCGGUGCACAGCUUCGAGCGCGAGGCAGGACGCGCGGAGCUGAGCCUCACGGGAGACAGCGAGGACCAGCUGAGACUGCACAGGAAGCUCAUGCGCUGGGACGUGCGCAAGAAGAAGAUGGUGGCCGUGCCUCAGGCCAACAAGAAGAAGAUCCUGAGUGAGUCUGGCGUGUGGAUCCCCGCGACCUUCAAGAGCAACAGGUACGACCAGUGGAAGGAGAGAAGCAAGGUGCUGCAGCAAGCGGAGGAGCAAGGCGACAGCAGCGACGGAGAGAGCCGCGACAAGACCGUGGGGAGACGCGCGCCCAACACGCACUGGGGGCGACACAACACGAAGGUGCAGCGCCAGACCGUGAUGAGCGAGCUGAAGCGGCCGGAGCAGAUCCUCAAGGUGCGGCUUCGGAAGGAGAGGAUGGAGAAGCGCCGGCUCAGGAACAUCCACAAGAAGAGAAACAAGCAGUGAGGCCCGACCAGGUCAUUGUCGGCUGACGGCAUCACCUUAAAUCGAUCUUCAGCUACUCAUUAAAACUGGGGCUGCAUCAAAUACAAA